CAUACACUAUAAAAGUGUAGUAAAAAUUGUAGUAUUGCUGAAUUUCACUAGUAUUCUGUUUUCUUCCUGUACUUCACAUAGAUAAUGAGGCUUGUCUUUUGUCAUACCUUUGUGUGGCUUGGACCUUCAUGGUUACGGUUUGAAUGGAUUUCUGGUGGUUUGUCUGCAUGGCCGUUCAUUGCAUUUGCCUUUCUGAUCCUUUACAUUCCUGCUGGUGUCUCCAGGCAAACUAACACAGCUAGGGGUGAUCACCCGCCAGAGUUUGGAAUAUGGGAUACUAGUGUAAUUAAAUUCCCAAUUAUUUCAUUUGUUCUUCUCGUUCUUGAAGGUUUGAAUUUUUAUGAUGCCUUUAUUUUUAAUGUGUUUAUAAUAUUUUAUAUUCAUUUUUGAGAUACAGAUAAAAUUGUAAAUAAAUUAUAAAUGAUGUUGAUUUAGCAUUUAUGGGCUAAAAUGUAUGAAAUCUCUGAACUUUUUUUUGAAGAAGUGUUAUUUUAUUGUAUUUUGAUGCAAUGGUUUUUUAUUGUGUGUUUUUUUUUAUGUCAUUUUCAUCAUAUUUUGUAGACAGUGAUUGAUGUUGUUAAUUCCUCUUUCUACAUUGUUCCUAGUCGGGUUUUCUGAGUCUGAAAUGCUGAUACAAAAGACAUGUUCUUUUGUAUUGCUGAUGGUGAUGGAUAUUUUCCUGCUACAAAAUGGUGCUUUGUAGUAAAUGCUAGAAAGUCAUAGGAGCUUUUACAUGCUGAAAGGUGGCGGGGGAUUCUUGGUGUCGGAGCUAAAUGCUUCACCACGCUGAGUACGCAAGCACUGGUCACAAAGUCCUAGCCCUUCACUUUCUCUGCCGGACAUGAGCAUUAGAUGAUGAUGUCUCUUAUUGUAGAGGAGGAAGGCCUCAGAAAGGAGUGAGUAUAUCACCUUGACACAGAGUAUAGAGAUGCAGAAGGCGGCCAGUGAGGAGGAGUUGGUCAGGCUGAAGGGCACCGUGUUGGAGUUGGAGGCAGUGUUGGCUGAGAGGCAGCAGCGCCUCGAGCACCUCGAAGGGGAACUGGAGGCCCAUAGGAGGACCAUCGAUGACCUGACCCUCCAGAAGUCCAAGGCUGAGUAUGAAGUGAAACAGUACCGUUCAGAGCUGGAGGGGGUAGUCAAAGGCAAGGCAGCCGCUGAGCUGGAGCUCAGCCGAGCACGACAGCUUGUUCAGCAGUCCGAGGCAAAGCACUCCGCCCUGGAGUCCAGCCUGAAGCUGCUGAAGAGCAACAUCGAGGAAAGCACACUGCUCAGGAGGAAGCUGGAGAAACACCUGCGGAGGAAGGACAGUGAUGUGCAAGACCUGGAGGAGCACAAACGCACUCUGGAGCGGGAGCUGAGGGCCAAAGAGAAUACCGAGGCUGAGUUGAUGGACUUGGUGCGAGGCAUGGAGGUGAACCUGGCCCUGAAGUCAGAGUCCAGGGAAUCCUCAAGUGACCUGCACAUGUCCGUUGUGAGGGAGACUGUGCAUCAGUGCAGCUUUGCCAGUGCUAACCUUCUGGGGUCAGACAUGACGCUUCAGCAUAAGAUCGAAGAACUGGCCAUGGGAAAGAAGAGGGCUGAGUCUGAAGUCAAGACGUUGAAGUCAGAGCUGAAUUCGGUGCUGGUGCAGAAAACUAUGGCUGAAGAGAAAGUGCAGCGUUUCAAGGAGCUUUUAGAUGAUGCGAAUGGCAGGCUGAAGAAGCUCCAGAUGGAAAUGGACUCUGAAAGAAGCAGUAACAGACAGAGGCUAGAGGAGCUGAGGCAGGAAGUUACAGAACUAAAGAAGUCUGUUUAUGUCUUUCAAGAGCAAGUAAAGUCCUUGCAGAGAGAGAAAUCAUCCCUGGAGCAAAAAGCCAUCUUCCAUAAAACUGAAGUUGAAGGCUUGAAGGAGCAGUUAAAAAUAAACCAUGGAAAGUUGGUUCAGAAGAGCUCUUUGGAACAGGAAAUAAAUCACAAGAUGCGCUGCUUGGAGGACGAGCUAUGCACGAAACAGGCUGAUGGUGAUUGUUUGAGAUUUAAGGUCAACGAGCUGACGAGAAACAAUGCUAAAUUAGACAAUGAUCUCAGGAACCUGAAGGUUGCCAUAGAAACCUUACAGCAAGAAAAAGCAUAUGCUGAACAGAAACUCAAAACCCGGAAGGAGGAGGUGGAGGGCUUGAAAGAGCUUCUCCAGAAAACCAAAGAAGACUUUAAUCUGAAGACAAAGUCAGAUCAGGAAAUUCAACUUAAAGCUAGAAAUCUGGAGAUGGAACUUGAGAAAAACAGUCAAGUUGUUGUUCAGUUAAGAAAGAAGGUGGAUGAACUAAAGAAAAUUAAUUUGGAGAGUGAGAGAUCAAUGAAAAAUUUGAAAUCAGAACUUGACAAGGUUUCCAUGGAAAUGGGCAGCAAAGACCAACAUAUCAAUAUAUAUAAAUCUCAGGCUGAAAGUACAAAAACUCAAGUUAAAAUCAUAGAAGAUGAACUACUAAAGAAAACACAAGCCUUACAUGAGCUUCAGAUUAAGCUGAGGGACUACAAUGAAGAAGUCAGGAAAACGUCAGAACUACAGCAGAAAAACAAUGCCCUCAGUCUGAGCAUAGCUAAUUAUGAAAAUGAAAUCACAAACCUGAAAUCCGAAAUCAACUCUGUAAGCAUUGAAAAGAAAAUGGCUGACAAGUCAGUCCAAGAACAGAAGAUUGAAAUCAGUGAUUUGAAUCUGACAUUAAGGAAAGCCAAGGAAGAAAUUCAAAAGGAGAGCACAGAGGUUCGGAAAUAUUUUUCCAAAGUAAAGGAGCUAGAGAGUGAACUUUUGAAAUAUAAACAGACUAUCAAAGAGAUGACUGGAAACACUGACAGUAUUACUUCAGAUCUCAAGAAGGAUAUUGGCCUUCUUCAGAAGGACAAGGCGGCUGCGGACAAAACACUGAUUACUCUCAAGGCAGAAUUAGAUGCUGUGAAAGCUUCUCUGAGGAGAACAACUGAAGAAUUGCAGAAGGAAACCCAAGAGGGGAGGAUGAACCAAUCAAAAAUCAAAGAGCUUGAAGGAGAACUUCAGAGGAACAGGCUGAAAAUGAAAGAAAUGACCUCAAGUUCAGAAAAGUUCUCAACAAAUUUCAAACAGGAAAUUUUAGUUCUACAGAGGGAGAGAAGUGCAGUGGAAGAGAAAUCUCGGGCAUUGACCUUGGAGGUUUCCCUGUUAAGACAGAAACUUGAGAAAGCACAGGAGGAAGUACGGCAGAAGCAGAAGGAAUGUUCAGCUGCCCAGCUGAGGUCCCAGAAGCUAGAAGAACAGCUUGAAAAUUGCAAACGGAUGUUGGAUGACUUAAAAGGAAAAUUGGAUCUGCAGAAAAAUGCUUAUGGAAGACACCUGGAAAUAUUCCAACAAGAGAUGGAGCAAAAACUUCUGUUGAAAGAAUCAGAUGCCAAAUUUGAAUAUGAUAAGAAGUCAAGAGAACACAUGUACAACACAGAAACUGCUGAAAAAGAAAAGAAAUACUUGCGUCAAGAGAUUGAGCAAUUAAAAACUCUCAACGAGAGUACUCAAAAAUCAAAACAGGAGACAGAGCAGCAAAUAAACACUCUUCAUUCAAAGGUCAGUCAAGUAGAGAAAGAGAAGAAUGUCAUCAACCAGGAACUAAUUCAUGCAAAAACUCGCAUCACAGAAUUAGAAACUGAAAACACAAAAUUAACAGUGAGUAUUUCUAAGAUGGACAGCAUCCAAAAUGUCAGCUCUAAGGAUAAUCAAAGGCUGAAGGAAAUGUUAUCUGAGACAGAGCAGAAGUUAGCAGUAAGGGAAGUGGAAGCGAGGUCUCUGAAGGAGCAAAAUGUGUCUUACGUAAAGGAGGUGCAAGGACUCCAGGAAAAGGUUUUAAAGUUGGAAGUCUCCACCUCCGAAUCAAGAAAGAUUAAAGACAUGGAUGGCAGGAGUAAUAAAUUCCACCAGUGUAUGAAUGAUGAUGAGAUUACUAAACUGAAGAAUGAGUUGCAGGUUGCGAAAAGGAUGCUGUUAUCUCAUGAAGAGAUUAAGGGUAAACAAGAGGAGGAACUAAGAAAAGUAAAGAUAGCAACCACAGAGAAGAAAAGAGUAAACGAUAAACCAGUAAUGACAGAUGACAAGACUAACAUUUAUAACCAAAAGAAGAUUCAUAAUGUCAGUCAGCAUGUUAGUGAACAGGGACACUACGCUGUCACUGGAUCCUCAACGUGUGCAGAAGUGCCCGCGGAGAAAGGCCAACCAUGUAAAUCCAACUCCAUUUUAGCCGACGUCAAAGUGCAUCUGGUUUCUCCAAACGUAAAGGAUAUAAAAGGCCUUGAUGUGAGACCAGCUCACCUCAUGGACAGUAUUCAGCUUCACACCCUUAGGGGUCAUGUGAGUAUUCAACAGUUGGUGGCACUUAAGCUCUUAGAGAGUGACACCAUCCAACAGUUACAAUCAGGCCACAAAACCCUGGAAGAGGUACAGGAUUCUCUUGCCAAAUUCACCAGCAAAUCAUCUGCAAUUGCAGGUGUUUACUUGGAGUCAAGCAAGAAAAAGAUCUCAUUCAUGGAAGCUGCAGAGAAGGGUUUCAUAGCGAAGACAUACGCUAUAGAGUUUGUUGAAGCACAGGCUGCUACUGGAUGCAUCAUAGACCAGGUUACAGGGAAAGCCUAUUCUGUCCUGGAAGCUCUUGAUAAAGGGAUUGUUUUGAGGGAGUUGAAAGAUAAAUUGUUAGAUGCUGAGAAAGCAAUCAGUGGCUACGUUCAUGGUGGCAAGGUACUGUCUGUGUUUCAGGCAAUGGAGGAAAGGAUUGUCGACAGGCACAAAGGUAGAAAGAUCCUUGAAGCACAGAUUGCCACGGGUGGCUUGAUCGAUCCACAAAGUGGCAUUCGACUGCCCCUGAACAUCGCAGUUGAGCAGGGGUUUAUAAACAAAGCCACCUUGCAGAGUCUUUAUGAACCAGUUAGCAACCCCAAGGGUUUCCAUAACCCAGACACAGGCCAGAAGGCUUACUACUGCGAGCUGCUCAGAACAUGUGUCUUUGAUGUUGAUGGUCGUGUGUUACUCCUGCCUGUUGGUGACCGGCACCUCUCGAACAUCACCCUCACUCGCACUCACAGAAUAUCAGUCAUCAACAGCUGUUACGGUGCUGAAAUGUCAACAUAUGAGGCAUAUGUGGACAAACAUAUUGACAGGAAGACCUACCUUUUGCUCUCGCAGCAGGAGACAGAUUGGAAGGAAAGCUCUGUGAUGGAUUCAAGUGGCGGGAUGCUGCACAUUUUGACAGACUAUAAAAGCGGAAGGCAGUUUUGCAUUGAACAUUCGCUGACUUUGAAGAUGCUAGAUAAAGCAGAACUAGGGAAAUAUCGAUCAGGGCUCCUAAGUAUUAAUGAGCUUGUAGACAUUUUGAUUUCGAGGAAGACCAUCUAUGAAGAUCCCCAUUCUCCUAUUGCUGGGCUUUGGGACUUCAGCCUAAAGUCAAGGGUAUCCAUUUAUAAGGGGCUUCAGCAGAAUCUGUUAGACAGACUUACUGCUGUAAGGCUGCUUGAGGCACAAGUGUGUACCGGUGGCAUUUGUGAACCAUCAACAGGAGAGAAGAUGAAAGUGGCAGAGGCUGUUAGAAGAGGGCUUCUGGAUGAGGCCUUAGCCCGCCAGCUCCUACAGUUUGAGCAAGCCUGCUCUGGCAUCGUCCACUCACAGACAUCCAAGAUCCUGUCCGUGACACAAGCUAUGCAGCAGAACCUGCUCCCAAGAGAUAUAGGCUUCAGGUGCCUUGAAUACCAGUUCCUUACAGGAGGCCUGAUCCACCCACAGACUCAGGUUCGAGUCAAGAUGGAGGAGGCUAUCCAGAGCGGCCUUGUCGAGGAGGCUGUUUUCCUGCAGUUGAAAGAUGAGAAGUCCUAUACUAAAAAUCUGAGCUGUCCCAAAACAAAAAGGAAAAUGUCAUUCAAGGAUGCCCUAGAAAAAGCCAUCUUUGACCGUCAUACUGGCCUCAAACUCCUGGAGGCGACCAAACUUCAAUCUGUUGGCGCUUCCUCAUCAUUCCAUUACAUCUGGAUGUAUUGAUGAUGCUUGAAUUACUGUAAGCCAGACAGCAUAGGCUUAAAUUUCACAACACUUGUAUUUGAUGCAUAUGUCAAAUGAAAAUGUAAAUUAAGAUAUAUACUGUUAAUAAUCUUAAAAAAUGUAACAGAUGGGAUUUUGUCCUUUUUUUUUCUUUUUGUGACAUUUCAAUUGUGAUUUAAUGUACAUGUAUUCUAUGAGGAUUUAUGUUUGUUUUGUAUACAUCUAACAAUGGAUUUUGAUGAAUCACUGAAUCACAGCUGCUUCCAUUGCUGUAUUCACUGGUAUAUAUUCAUAUUAAACAAUAGCUUAAAAUUA